CGCAGACACAGUCGAGAAACCCUAAAUUCUCUCCGCCACCCAAUGAAGAGGAAGAGGAAGGCGAGGAAGAGACCGUCGCCGGAACCAUUCCCGAUUUUGUCACUCCCGGAAGAUUUGGUUUUGAACUGCUUGGCAAGAGUCUCAAGGUUGUACCAUCCUGUUCUCUCCUUAGUCUCGAAGAGCUUCCGAUCUCUCAUUUCUUCACCGAAGCUUUACGUGACUCGGUCGCUCUUAGGCCUCACGGAGAGUUGUCUCUAUGUGUGUUUACGGCCAUAUCCAAACUCUAACCCAUGCUGGUUCACUCUCUGCCGGAAGCCAAAUAACAGAUAUCAUUUGGUCCCGAUAGCGAUCUCACCUCCACGUUCUCCUCAAACUUCUCAUUGUCUAGCUGUCGUUGCAGUUGGUUCUGAUAUCUACAGCAUUGGUAGCAACAAGAAAGAGAAGUCCAGUGGCGAAGAAGAAGAAGCGGCAGUGUCCAUCUUGGACUGCACGUCUAAUACGUGGCGUGAGGCUCCGAGCGUGUGUUUGGAGUCGUAUUACCCAGCCGCCAUUGUUUGCUAUGAAGGUAUUUACGUAAUAAGAGUCUACAGUGCCUCCGAUUGGACUCUGGUUACGGAUCCAAUAAUCCAAACUUGGGAGCAUGUUUUGUACCCUUUUGAUUAUUACAUAUCCAAGAGGGCAACGAUUGAAGGAAAAAGCUAUGUGUUCGGGCAGAAUGGUGCGGCUUACAACUCAAAAGAAGAUAGGAUCGAAGCUACAGGGCUGCUGCAUUAUUUGAAUCUACAACAGGAGAGGAAUUCUUAUGUCGUGAUAGAUAAUGUGUUGUACAGAGAUUGUGAAUCACUUGGAAUCCAAUGGUACGAUUCUAAGGGAGAAUACUGGAAAUACGUGAAAGGUAUCCAUGGCCUGCCCUCGUAUUAUGGUUUGGGUUGUUUUAGAUUUGUAGAUUAUGGUGGAAAGAUGGUGGUUUUGUGGGAUGAUUUGCUGUGCUAUGAAAUGAGUCCUCCGUCUCCCUGUAGAGACGGAGAGAUUUUUUGUGCCGUGAUUGCGCUUGAAAGACGCAACAAUGAAGAGAUUUGGGGUCAUUUUGAGUGGUCUGGUGUCGUUCUUACAGUUUCGCCCCCUCACAGUUAUCAAUUCGUUUAUGCUCUUGCCUCUACUGUUUGAUGAAGGCUUAAGUUGUGGUGAAUAUCAUCAAGUGAUUCUGUGUUGUAGAUUAUUGUUUUGUUGCUUGCUUUAUUCAGUGUGUUUUCACCUGAAUACAAUAGACAUCAUUGUUCCUUUUUGUAUCAGCUUAUUGAAUCUCAUGAAGAUAUGAGAUUAGUUCAGAUAUGAGAUUAUUCAUGGGUGAUUAUUGUCGUA